AAAAAAGAGAAACCCUUCGUCACCUCCUCCCUCCUCCGCCGUGGCCGAUACGCUCAAACGCUCCCCCCCUCGGGCUCCGAAGAAGCCGAUCCUGUUUCCGCUUUUCCCAGAAGCAGAAGCAGAGGAAGAAGCAGAAGCAGAAGCAGAGGAAGAGGAAGAAGCAGAGGAGGAAGAAGAAGAAGCAGUGAAGUCGGCGUCCGCUAGGCAUUUGGUGGGUAAUGCUGCGUUGCCGGCGCCGACUUUAGUGCGUCGGCCAUGGCGAGGCGCCACGGGUGGCAGCUCCCCGCCCACACUUUCCAGAUAGUGGCUAUAACAGUGUUCUUCUUGCUAUGUAUUGCGUUCUAUGCCUUUUUUGCACCAUUUCUUGGGAAGGACUUGUAUGAAUACGUCGCCAUGGCUGUUUAUAGUUUUCUGGCUUUGUCUGUACUAGUGCUUUAUGUUAGAUGCACUGCUAUUGAUCCUGCUGAUCCUGGAAUUCUGAUUGGUCCUGAUGAGGCAUUGCCUCAUAAAUCACAAGGGGAUGGAGAAACUCUCGAGGAACACAGUAAGUUAGGGUCAAAGAUUGAGGAGAAUACUAGGAAGCAUACAACCUGCUCGGACGUUGGAUGUUUCUUUUGUGCCAUUUUUGUUAAAGAUGAUUGCCGCAGGAACAAGGAUGUUAACCAGCAAGAAGAGAACGGAGAGGAUGAGGCAUUAUUUUGCACCCUGUGCAAUGCUGAGGUGAGAAAAUUUAGCAAACAUUGUCGAAGUUGUGACAAGUGUGUAGAUGAAUUUGAUCAUCACUGUCGGUGGCUAAACAAUUGUGUUGGAAGGAAGAAUUACGUCACCUUUUUGUGCCUUAUGGCCAUGAGCCUUGCUUGGCUUGCCGUUGAAUGCGGAGUUGGUAUUGCUGUUCUUGUACGGUGCUUCACUGACAGAAGGGCAACUGAAGAAGAGAUAGUUGCAAGGCUAGGAGAUGGCUUUUCCAGAGCACCCUUCGCUACAAUAGUGGUCCUGUGUACAGCUCUCUCUUUGCUGGCUUCUGUGCCUUUGGGAGAACUCUUCUUUUUCCAUAUGAUAUUGAUUCGAAAGGGCAUUACAACAUAUGAAUAUGUAGUUGCAAUGAGGACGCAAAGUGAACCUCCUGGGCCAUCUGUGAAUGAGGAUCAGCAAAGCCUCCCCUCUUCUCCAAUGAGUUCCGCUCCAACUGCCAUUAGCGGAAGCUCGCUGGGCUUGCAGUACAGAGGCGCAUGGUGCACUCCUCCACGAAUCUUUAUGGACCAGCUGGAUGAGAUCAUCCCGCAUUUAGAUCCAGGCCGGGUUCCAUCAACAGUUGAUCCAGAUGCUAGGGACCCAUCUGAAAAGGGGAAACGACAACCGAAAAAACCAAUUCGUAUCAGUGCUUGGAAACUCGCAAAGCUUGAUUCAAAUGAAGCUAUGAAAGCCGCUGCAAAAGCUCGAGCUUCUUCAUCGGUGCUGAAACCAAUCAGUUCCCGAGCCCACUACGAUACAGAUCGGUUCUCAAGUGGAAAUGUUAGCAGCAGAAGCAGUGCUGUAAGUGCUGAUAUUGGGCUCCGCAGAGGCAAUAGAGGAGGUACUAAUACUAUUAGGUCUUCCCCACUGAAGUCUUCUUACCCACCCAGUAGAGCAAGCAGAGAAGAUAUCGAUACAUACCCUCAAACACCGAGCAGCCUAAGCAGCCCUCGAACAAACUCGGUAAACCUCACGCCGAAAGCGGAACCAAACCCUUCGAAUACAAAGCUUUUCAAUCCGAUCUACCAAUUAUCGGCAAAUAGAUCUCCGUUGUCCAUGAAAUCCAAUGAAGGGAAUGAGACUGUAACCACGAAAGUUCCAGAGGACGGCGGCACAAGCAAAAGCAACAUAAUUACUGCUGGAAGGUCCAGGUCGUCGGUCUACUGGGAUCAAGAAGCGGGCCGGUUUGUGUCCUCUCUCAGUGAACCAGGAUCGUCGUCGUCUCAUAUGCACCAUGCCGAGCUUUUGUAUACUGGGCAAUCUAUAUUUUUCGGGGGACCUCUUAUCAAUGAGCCCGCGACAAGGAGCUUCAGAAGCGUCGGUGGCGGCAGUUCGAAUUCGAAUCAGCGGCAGGAGAGGGGUAGGGGGCCUCACCAGCUUCCUGUGUUUGUUCCCAGUAGUGAUUCUCAGAAAGAUCGGUUCUCUCGAUUGCCGUGAAAAAAAAAAAAGGAAAAAAAUGUUGUCAGUUCUCUGUGGGAUUCUUUGUUAUCAUCCAGGGUUCUCUGAAUUCUUGGAAACAUCUAGUCGAGGAUUUUGGUAUUUUCUUCCACUUGAAAAUUCCUUGUAAAGUUCUUUUAAUUUGAAGCAAAAAAUUUUCUUUCAA